UCGAAUGCGUUCGUCGGUGUUAAGUUUUGGUUCGAAAACGAGGACGACAACGGCUCGGUACGUUUCGUUCUGGCGUGGUUCUGCGGGAAAACGAUGCCCGCAGGGGAAGGUGCCGUGCCGGGGUUUCGCGUGGACACCGAAGGUCGUCGUCGAAACGGCGAGAAAACCUGUGUGUCAGUUUGAAAAACGCUCUCGGUAUGUAUCUAGUUACCUGUGUGAACCGGUGUCAAUAAACUCGACGGCAGAGGUGUGCCUCGCAUAAAACGGCCCCGUGAAAGUGAAAAUUCGAAUUGCUCAACGCAGUUUGCGCGAAAUCGAAGUCUCGUAAACAGUUUCCGUAAUUAAAAAAAAAUUAAACAAUAAUGACGGAUUUUCGAGAGGAUACGUGAAAGAAACAGAAGAAAACGGACGUUUUAAAAAUGCGUAGCCCCGCUAACCAGCGCCUCCACCACCAUUAUUUCCCAUCGGACGGGGGUAGCUGACUGUACGAGGAAACGCUCCAGAUGAGGAUGGCAGCAGAUAUGAGGCCACCCAACGUUUCCGUAACCCCCAUCAACAUGGAUUCGUAUCCCCCCGCGAUUUCAAACGGGCAUUCCCGAGGAGGAGAAUCAAGACAACCUCCCGGGAGGAGAUGCCAAACACCUCCUGGCCAAAUCCUCGACCCAACUUUGGACGCAUCCGAUGCCGAAGUCGCCGAAAUCGAAUUCCAAAUGAGUGUUAAUAUGCGCAGCAAAAAACAGAGGGGCAGCGACGAGUUACCGCGACCGAUGUCUUGGGAAGGAGAACUUUCUGAUGGGGAAAGGGAAAUGUGCAUUGAUGAAACAAAUAAUUCGCAGCUUCCAGAAAAUCUUUCAAUAUCUCAAUCAACAAAACACAAUCAACUAAACUGCUCUUCAACCGAUUUGAAAGAAAGUCCAGUUCUGCGAUUGAAACAGCCCAUCACAAGUUCAGCUCAUAAUUACUCGAUACAUAGUACUCCGAGCAACUCGCCGCUGUUGAGUCAACGACAAUCAAACCAUCAGCUACCGCCCAGCGGGAUUCCGUCCUCAAUGAUCAGUCACAAAGAACUGAUGCACAAAGCUCUCAAUGUUCCGCCGACUCCCAGCCCGGACUCAGCCGUUCAUUCUGCUUACAGCGUUUUUAGUUCGCCCAAUCAAAGCCCAUUAACUCAACGACACGUUACUCUCACCCCGAAUUUAAGCAGAAAUAAUAGUGAUGCAUCCCAUUCGAGUUGUUAUAGUUGUUCGAGUGUUUCCGUUUCCGUUUCGCCCACUCAGCAAUUUUCACCUACACAUAGUCCUAUACAGGGUAGACAUAAUGUACCAAACAUACACAAUAGUCCAUUACAUCACCACGGAGUAUUAUAUCGUAGCGUGCAAGAUGAUCAGAGUGUGCAUUAUUCGAAUACUGAACACGAAGGUUUAUUGUUGGAUGAACAGGAAGAUAAAUCCGGGUUGGUCCACGCGAAUCCUCUGACUGCGCAAACGGGGAUUUCUCGCCAACAGUUAAUAAAUAGCCCGUGUCCGAUUUGUGGUGAUAAAAUUUCUGGAUUUCACUACGGAAUUUUUAGCUGCGAAUCGUGCAAGGGCUUCUUUAAACGGACUGUGCAAAAUCGGAAGAAUUAUGUAUGUCUUCGGGGCGCUGCCUGCCCUGUUACGGUUGCGACGAGGAAAAAAUGUCCCGCGUGUCGAUUCGAUAAGUGUCUUAAAUGUGGAAUGAAAUUAGAAGCGAUACGAGAAGAUAGAACUCGAGGUGGCCGAUCGACUUAUCAAUGUUCAUAUUCAUUGCCUCCUUCAUUAACGGGCCACGGGGAUCUCCGCGCGAGCUCGCAAGGUGAUCUUAGGCACGGUUUAGGCGAACAUUCCCAUUUAACUGUCAAGUUGGAACCUCCGGAUGUGGGGAUAUCCCCCCAUUUAUCCAGUAAAAGGUUGGGUUCGCGACAUGAAAUUCCACCAUUAUUGCAAGAAAUAAUGGGAGUGGAGCAUUUAUGGCAUUACAGCGAAUCCGAACUUAACAAAUUAAACUCGGAGGGGACUUUAUCAAGGGAAGGUUCCACGAUCCAUAACCUUUCAACGCAUCCAUUAUUGGCCGGGACGGGUUUGGCAGGUUCCGCGGAUACCAACCCGGAUUUCGUUGCAAAUUUGUGCAAUAUUGCUGAUCAUAGACUGUAUAAAAUUGUUAAGUGGUGUAAAAGCUUGCCGUUAUUUAAAAAUAUAUCCAUCGACGAUCAAAUUUGCCUUUUAAUAAAUUCUUGGUGCGAAUUAUUAUUAUUUUCUUGUUGUUUUCGCUCGAUGGAAAAUCCGGGCGAGAUUCGGAUAUCUUUGGGGAAAUCAUUGACUUUGGCACAAGCUCGCGAUUUAGGCAUGCAGGCAUGCAUCGAGCGAAUGUUAAAUUUUACUGAGCAAUUGCGGAGGUUAAGGGUCGAUAAAUACGAAUAUGUUGCGAUGAAAGUUAUUGUUUUGUUAACUUCUGAUACAUCUGAGUUAAAAGAGGCCGAAAAGGUUCGCGCCUCCCAAGAGAAAGCUUUAAAAGCCCUUCAAGAUUACACCCUCGUUCAUUAUCCCGACUUACCAGCGAAAUUUGGGGAGUUAUUGUUGAGAAUACCAGAGUUGCAACGAACUUGUCAGGCUGGGAAAGAGUUGUUGACGAUAAAAACGAAAGAUGGGGAAGGUCCAAGUUUUAAUUUGUUGAUGGAACUGCUGCGCGGUGACCACUAAAUAUAAAAAUGACGAAAGAGGGGAGAUAAAAUUAAUUAAAAAGAAUAUAUCGUGCCUUACGCUUAAACAAGAAUAAUAAUUAAAAGAAAAAAAUGAAUAAAAAUCGGUGGUGGGAUCUACAGACAGUAUUGCUUCAUGUUCAGUUAUUUUUUUUAUUAUUUUUAUUGAUUAGUAUUCCUAUUUCUUUUUCCUUUUAAUUAGUUUCUCACGUCCUUUUAACCAGAUAGCUUUAAGAAGGCGAAAAAGCCGCAAAUACGUACUUAGCCCUUUAAUAUCUUUAAAUAUCUAUUUUUUUUUAUUAAAAAAAUAUAAAAAAAGUCGAUUAAGAUGUAUAUAUCAUUACAAUAUUAUAAUAAUAGCACAUGUAAUUUCAUUUUUAUUUAAGUUUUAUAUAUUUUUUUGCUACUGUUUUAUU